AUGCACAGAAUUCACACGAAAGACAGUAACCAUCCUGCUUUUCAAGCCAGCACCAGUAUUGGGAAAGUACUUUCACCCGCCUACCCUCGAACAAUUGUCACUCCCGCCCGUCCACAAGAAGAGAAGUGGUAUGACACGAGAACAACGCGACGACGCGUACAGGAAGAACAGGAUGUUAAACAGCAUGAUGAGUUUGACGACAAGGCGGAGACAAGACAUCUCCGCGAGCACAACGAAGACCAGAAGCUGGAGACGCUGCUUCAACUAGGGAUACACUGUGUAUACAUUAUUGAGGGUAUUGCCGCCUACAAGAGCAGCAUCGAUGAGGUAUGCAUACGGUACAACAAGACAGGCACAGUCAUAGGAAGUGUAGUCACCAAGAGUAUGCCCUUUGGUUAUUCGCAGUCUCAACUAUCAAGUAAGAAAGUGUCAAGAUAUGGAAAACACGUCUGCCGCUAUGCCGCACUCGAGCUGGUAUGGACUUACGUUUCGGCCCCGGUGACUCAAGCGCCUGAGCGCAUAUUCCAAUACUUAGAAGAUAUUCUACAGAUGCUCGCCAUCCUACGCCGCAACGAAUGUGCCCAAACCAUACUAAGCUACGGAACGGGAGAUAAGGCCUAG